AUGUCGGGAACACGGGAAGCUACACACGCGGGUAGCUGGUACACCUCUUCCGGCUCGCAGCUCGAGUCUGAGCUUGAUGGAUACCUCGCCAAGGUUGAUCCUAUACCUGAGCUGGACUACGCCCCACCCGUCGCAAACGCCAAGGCUGUCAUAGCACCGCAUGCGGGAUACUCAUACUCUGGUCCAGCGGCCGCUUGGGCAUAUGCUGCUAUACCGACUCAACGAGUGAAACGGGUCUUCUUGCUUGGUCCUUCGCAUCAUGCUUACCUGUCCGGAGUCGCGCUCUCGCGCUUUGAGACUUAUGGCACUCCUCUCGGGGACAUUCCACUCUGCAAAAACACCAUCUCGGAGCUGCAAGAUUCAGGCCUCUUCUCGGACAUGUCGCCCUCAGUGGAUGAGGACGAGCAUUCUCUGGAGAUGCAUCUCCCAUAUAUCCGUCAUAUCUUCUCAGGGAUUGAGGACCUGCGGCUGAUUCCUAUCCUGGUUGGACAUCCCGACGCGAGGACUAUGGGCCGUCUGAGCGAGGUCCUUGGUCGGUACUGGGCGGAGGAAGAUACAUUCUUCGUGAUCAGUAGUGAUUUCUGCCACUGGGGCACCCGCUUUUCAUGCACACCCUACUACCCCUCCGCCCCUCACCCCUCCAACCCCGUCCCGCCCGUUCCCGCCGCCUACUCGUCCACAUCGACCUCAUCAGCCCCAUCGUCCCCGCCCGAGAUGGUCAAGCGCUUCGACAAGCCCGGCACAGCAGCUAUAUGGGAAAGUAUCCAAUAUAUGGAUCAUGAAGGUAUGGACCUCCUCCGUCGGCCUGCAGGGCAGGGCGCAGUGGACGCGUGGGAGCGAUAUUUGUCCCGAACCAAAAACACUAUCUGCGGUCGGAAUCCCAUCACUGUCCUCCUUCAUCUCGUUCAGCAUGUCUACGCGGGCAAGCCAGAAGCGGAGCAUCCGGAGUUUGUGUUUGUGAGGUAUGAGCAGAGUAGUCGGUGUAUGGCGAAGGGGGAUAGUAGUAACAAGAGUUAUGUGUAA